AUGAAUGUGGUCUCCUACUCUAUUCAUCAUGAUGAGGCAGAAAUAUGUGAUAGGAAUAAUGUUCCGGUUUGGAGGGCGAUUGGCAUAUAUGGGUGGCCGGAAGCUGCUAACAAACAUCACACGUGGGAGUUAAAGUGGACCUUGAAGACUCGUAGUACACUCCCCAUGGUUGUGUUUGGCGACUUCAAUGAGAUUUUGGGAGUGCAUGAGAAGGAUGGUGGUGUUGUCCGUGGGGAGAGGCAAAUGGAGGCGUUCCGAAGGGCAAUCGAGAAUUGCGAGUAUAGAGACCUUGGUUUCAAAGGAAAUAUCUUUACCUGGCAACGGGGCACGUCAGUGAAUACAAUUGUUAGGGAGAGACUUGAUAGAUACAUUGCGGAUACCCCGUGUGACGUAUGUGGAAGGGUUUUUUCGGAUGCAUGGAGGGAUGGUGUUGGUGACCCGUUACAUACUAGAAUUGAAGGUGUGGCUCAGAGACUCACUUCGUGGGCCGAAACUACUUUUGGGGCUCUACAGAAAAGGAUAAAGAAGGCUGAAAAGAGAUUAAAAGAGAUGCAAGGAGGAUCUUUAGGCGCAAACCGGCUAAAAUGUUGCAAUCAUAUUGUGGAUGAACUCGACAGUUUGCGUAGACUUGAAGAGUCGUAUUGGCAUGUCCGGGCAAGGGCAAAUGAGUUACGGGACGGAGAUACAAAUACGAAAUACUUUCACCAUAAGGCCACUCAACGGAGAAAAAGAAAUACCAUUUGUGGUCUCUUUUAUGUGCAUGAUACGUGGAAAAAUACAAAGGAGGACAUGGAUGAGAUCAUUAGUAAGUAUUUUGGUGAGCUCUUUGCCACGUCUUGUCCCAGUAGCCUUAAUGAUACAUUGGUGGGAAUUGAUGAGUUGGUGACUGAUGACAUACGGGAGGUGAUGGAUAUGGAGCCAACAGGGGAUGAAAUUUGGGCCGCUAUCUUUCAAAUGCACCCAAACAAGGCCCCGGGACCGGAUGGAAUGCAUGCCUUAUUUUUUCAGAAGUUCUGGGAUGUUAUUGGGGGCGAUGUCAUUCGUUUUGUUAAGGGAUGGUGGAGGGGUGAGGUAGAGUUGGAUGAGAUGAAGAGGAGGGGGGAAGGCCGAGAGGGUGCAAUGGCAUUGAAGUUAGACAUGAGUAAAGCGUGUGAUCGGGUGGAGUGGUGUUUCUUAGAGGGAGUUAUGAUUAAAAUGGGAUUUAGACAUUCUUGGAUUAGGCGAGUUAUGAACUGCCUAAGCUCGGUGUCCUUCUCAUUUAAAUAUAAUGGGUCUAUCUCUGGUUCUCUUGUUUCAUCCCGGGGACUCCGUCAAGGAGAUCCGAUUUCACCAUAUUUAUUCCUUAUUUGUGCAGAGGCGUUUUCAAUGUUGAUAAAGAAGGCGGCGGAUGAUAAUCUUAUCCAUGGUGCGAAGAGCAUCCGUCAGAAAGUUAACCUUAGCAAGACAAAAGUCUCUUUUAGCAAGUGUGUAGGGGCGGAAAGGAGAAAGGAGAUCAUUGAUACUUUAGGUGUUCGGGAGGUUACAAAGCAUGAAAAGUACUUGGGGUUACCAACAAUAAUAGGGAGGUCAAAGAAGGCGGUUUUCUCUUGUUUAAAAGAAAGAAUUUGGAAGAAGCUUCAAGGGUGGAAGAAGAAGUUACUUUCCCGCCCCAGGAAAGAGGUUCUUAUCAAGGCAGUGGCUCAGGCUAUCCCAACAUAUAUGAUGAGUAUUUUCAAGAUACUGGAUGAAUUAAUUGAUGAAAUACACUCGACACUUGCUAGAUUUUGGUGGGGGUCGAAAGGUACGGAGAGGAAAAUGCAUUGGCGUCGCUGGGAACUAUUGUGUCUACCAAAGUCAAUGGGGGGAAUGGGGUUUCGUGACUUGAAGUGUUUCAACCAAGCUCUUUUGGCCAAGCAAGGGCGGCGUUUGUGCGAGGUAACUAACUCCCUACUGCAGGGUGUGCUCAAACCCAGGUACUACAAGCAUACCGACUUCAUUGAGGCUCGUAGGGGGUUUGACCCAAGCUACACAUGGAGGAGUAUAUGGGGUGCAAAAUCCUUGCUACUGGACGGCUUAAAAUGGCGUGUGGGUAAUGGUACCUCCAUUAAGGUGUGGGACGACUCCUGGAUACCUGGAGAAGGAAACGUUGUGGUGCCUACACCCCUUGUGGACAGCAACACAGAGUUACGUGUGAGUGACCUUAUUGAUGCAGACACGGGCUACUGGGGAUGUGGAUAUGGUGAACACAAGCUUUAUGGAGGUGGACAGAACCGCGAUAUUGGACAUCCCUCUUCCAAGGACUGGGGAAAAUGA